AUGGGAUCCAUCAUUGAUGCUGCUGCGGCAGCGGAUCCGGUUGUUCUGAUGGAAACCGCCUUCCGCAAGGCCGUGAAAUCCAGGCAGAUCCCCGGGGCGGUCAUCAUGGCUCGAGAUUGCAGUGGCAAUCUAAAUUAUACGCGCUGCUUCGGGGCUCGGACAGUGCGACGGGACGAGUGCAAUCAGCUGCCGCCGCUACAGGUCGACACCCCCUGCCGGCUCGCCAGUGCGACUAAGCUGCUGACCACGAUCAUGGCCCUACAAUGCAUGGAGCGCGGUCUCGUGGACUUGGAUGAGACGGUGGAUCGGCUGCUUCCGGAUUUGAGUGCGAUGCCCGUGCUGGAGGGUUUUGACGACGCGGGAAAUGCAAGAUUGCGAGAGCGUCGGGGGAAGAUCACGCUGCGGCACCUGCUGACGCAUACAUCGGGACUGUCGUAUGUCUUCCUCCAUCCGUUGCUCCGGGAAUACAUGGCCCAGGGCCACCUCCAGUCGGCAGAAAAGUUUGGCAUCCAGAGUCGCCUGGCGCCGCCGGCCGUCAACGACCCUGGGGCGGAGUGGAUCUACGGCGCCAACCUGGACUGGGCGGGUAAGCUCGUCGAGCGGGCCACCGGCCUCGACCUGGAGCAGUACCUGCAGGAGAAUAUCUGUGCGCCGCUGGGCAUCACCGACAUGACCUUUAAGCUGCAGCAACGGCCGGAUAUGCUUGCGCGCCGGGCCGACCAAACCCACCGCAACUCGGCGGAUGGGCGCCUGCGCUACGACGACUCGGUCUACUUCCGGGCCGAUGGCGAGGAGUGCUUCGGCGGCCAGGGGGUGUUCUCGGGGCCUGGGUCCUAUAUGAAGGUGCUCCACUCGCUGUUGAAGCGAGACGGGCUCCUGCUGCAGCCACAGACCGUGGACAUGAUGUUUCAGCCUGCCCUCGAGCCGCGACUCGAAGAGCAGAUGAACCAGCACAUGGACGCCAGCCCGCACAUCAACUACGGUGGGCCGAUGCCCAUGGUCCUUCGUCGCAGCUUUGGGCUGGGGGGGAUCAUCGCCUUGGAGGAUCUGGACGGCGAGGACUGGCGCCGAAAAGGUUCCUUGACCUUUGGGGGUGGUCCAAACAUUGUGUGGCAAAUCGACCCCAAGGCCGGCCUGUGCACCCUUGCGUUCUUCCAACUGGAACCCUGGAAUGACCCGGUCUGUCGUGAUCUGACACGCACAUUCGAACAUGCCAUCUAUGCGCAGUACCAGCAGGGAUAA